GCAUGCGCACAACCGGAACCUGUAACUGAAAGGGCUGCGGCACUUCCUGUUUUGGUGACUGUAAUUCAAGUACUCUGAAAAUGGCUCUCCUCCUCCGGUCCUUUUCAUAGUCCUUACUUAAUUUGCCAGCUCUUUCUUUCGCUGAUGCGGCGGAACUCGCAGCGGCUAAUUCAUCCACCAACAAACGUAUGAAAGGAUACAAGUUCUUCCACGAAAAAUAUAUCCACCGCUAUCAAGAUAUCACUGGGUGUUGGAAAAGAAAAGGCUGAAUUACUGGAUCAUUCCUGUAGCUGUGCAGCUGGUAAAGGUUUUAGCAAUCAUGUAGUUGCACUUCUUUACCAGACUGCACACUACUCCCAACUCCAGCUGCCAACUGUUCCUCCUGCACUGGCCUGCACAAGUGAUUUACAAAGAUGGCACAGACCAAGAACACAGGGGAAACAUCCUGAACCUGCCAGCAACAUGGUGGUGUAGAAGCCCAAAACUAUGGGGAAAAGAUAUCUGCACUCCACACUUUACAGAGCUUACACAGGACCACUUCCAGAACCCGACAUUCUGGCAUCAGGAGAAAAUCUACGCCAGCUGGAGUCCAAACCACUUAUCGCUCUUGUCCUAGAUGGUCUUUCACAUUUGGUGCUGGUUCCAUCCAAAUUUGGGCCUGUGCCACAGGGCUCACCAAUGUCUUAUCAGUGCCCACCUGAAAAGUCCUCUGGUAGCAUCAUUCUGCACCACAUGACUCCAGACUUCCCUUCUCUUCCUUUGAUGCUGCAUGGUCUUCCAAAUAUGUGCUUUGUGCCCACACUUGGUCAACUUAUGCAUCUUCAUUCUCUGCAAGUGUCACUGGAAAUGUCUUAUGAAAUAGAAGCCAGAACAAGACAGCAACCCAACAUCUGCUUUAAAAAAAGGUCUAUUUGUGCCACUACAUCGUUAUCUGCUGUGUCCUCCUCUACGGUAGAGGGCGCUGUCUCGUUAGCGUCGCCACGUUGCUCAACCAAUGACGUGGAUUUUCAUUGAGAGGCAGUCAGAGCUCGAAAUACGUAACUCUAACAGAGAUUAUUCUUCGUUUGGUUCAUAUUUACACCCCGAAACGCUCGAUUUCUGUCUCUUUCUUGCCAUUAUUGGACCUAGUUCUGCUCCGGCUGUUGCCCCAGGCGAACAGUGACGUAAAACGUCUAGAUUUACCGUGUUUCCUGUUGUCUGCUGAUCAGGAGUGUGUGCAGUAAAGCAGCUAUACUCGGUUCUGAAUCUGGUGAGCUCUGGUGCUGUUUUCCCCCUCCAGACUGCAGGAUGAGUAAACCCAGAGUUUUAAACCUGAAGGAUAAAAUCAGCGGGAACGAGGCGGACCUGAGCCUGAGCAACCUCAGUGAAGUGCCAGUCAGAGAGCUCUCUUUAUAUCCUAAAGCCACCGUCGUGGACCUUUCUUGCAACAACAUCAUCUCCCUUCCUCCAGAGUUUUGCAGCCUCAUCCAUUUAGUGAAGCUUGACCUGAGUAAAAACCAGCUUACCUGUUUGCCAGAUGACCUGGGGAACCUGGUGAACCUGCAACACCUGGACCUUUACAACAACAAGCUGAUGGUCCUGCCUGUCAGCUUCUCUCAGCUGAGGAGUCUGAAGUGGCUCGAUCUGAAGGAUAAUCCUCUGGAGCCCGGUUUGGCCAAAGCGGCAGGAGACUGUCUGGAUGAGAAGCAGUGCAAACAGUGUGCCUCUAAGGUCCUCCAGCACAUGAGAGCCAUUCAGGAAGAGUAUGAUCGUGCACGAGAGAAACGCCUGUUGAAAGAAAAAGAGCUGGAGAGGAAGAAGGAAGCGAAGCAGAAAGAGCGGGAGGCCAGAGAAAGGGAAGCUCGCAAACGGGAGAAAGCGGAGGAGAAGGAGAGGAGGAGGAAGGAGUACAACGCUCAGAUGGCGGCUCUGGCUGUGCGGGAGCAACAGAAGAAGAAGGGCGAGGAGAAGAAGAAAAAGAACGGGCAAGCAGCAAAUAAAAAGGUCGAUGUGAAGCCAGCAGCUAAAUCACAGCGUUCUCUCAUCGGCUGGAUUUUUAAGCUCCUCCUCCUGCUGAUGCUGGGGGUAGCCGGAGUUGCUGCCGCAUGUCGGCUGACCGACCUGCAGAGGGAAGAGGUCUGCGUGCCGAUCAACGCGGCAGUGGACGACUGUUUAUCCUGGGCCAAAGUGCAGGAGGGCGUGGCCAGACAACUGCUACGCAAUCUGUCUUCUGCUGCUAAGGACCUUCUGGAGUCCACACAAACAUCGAAGAACUAAACCCUGCCAUCAGAGAUGAGAGCUGCAGGCUUUUCCUGGUGUCCCCGGGAUGUUUUUUUUAACAUGUAGAAACCAUCGCUCCUGUUUGCGAUGCCGGGAUGUGGAAGGCCUGCACAGAGACUUAUUCCUAUGGAAUUACUGUCAAAAUCUUACUAUGGCCUGUUUUCUUCUUGCAUCAGCUAAAUAUCUCCCUGCGGACGGCGUUUUGCACUUUACAUUAAUUGAAGCGCGGGCUGCCCUUGAGCUGUUCAGCUAAAUGUGAAGCGGACGGGUCGGUGCUGCUCGGGAGUGUCGUCAGAGGUGUGCGCGUGCCAAAGCUUGUCGCUGUCGGCGCAUGUGCAGUGCCUUCUCCAUCUAGGUCGCUGUUUACCUCGCAGGUAAACGCUGUAAAUGCUUGCAGCUGGUCAUCCGAGUCACUUUUGCUACAUGACAAAUAAAAAAACAGGCACAUUUUUGCCAAAGACGCAAGAAAGUGAGUGUUCAUGUUAUUUCUGAGGAGCAAACUGCUGUUUUCACUAGAGCUUAAAGAUUACCUGUCCUAAUUUAACAUGGAGUCAUAUUGAAAAUGUAACAGUUAAAACAUUUCAGACAGAUUAAAAGCUAAAGACUUUCAGUUUUAAGAUGUUUCUGCAGCCAAUACAUUUGUCUGUGUAAAAAUUUGUAUUUACGUCACAAUUUCAGAUCUGAAUGAGAGAACAUAUUUUUUUAUUGAUUUGGGAGGGACAGUGCAUAUUAGCAAUUCUCAAACGCCACAAUUAGCAAACGAUCUAUUUUUAUUCUGUUGUCCCUGGACAAUGAGUAAUUUAUGUUGCUAAAAAUAAAAUAAAAACUUUAAUAUUUGCAUUAUGCCAGUUUCUAAACUCUUCCAGCAAA